AAAAAAAAUAAUUUAAUCAUGUCUUUCUCUCAACCAUUACUUAGUCAAGUCUUUCGCGAUAUGCAUCGUGCCUUUUCUUUACUUGAUGAACCUUUAACUAAUGUAUCUCGACGAGCUUUGACUGGAAGAUAUCCACCUACGGAUAUCAUUGAAACUACUACUGGUUAUGAACUUCAUGCCGAAAUCCCUGGGUUUAAAAAGCAAGAUAUUGAACUUCAAUUACCUGAUGAUCAUACAUUGGUGAUUGGUGGAAAACAAGAAACUGUAAGUACUGAUCGUCGUAUUGGUACAGAAGGUGAAGCUACUCCAACUGAAGAAACUGAUGAAACUGCUGUCUCUACAAGAAAUCAAGCUACUGAUGUUGUAGCUUCACAAGGUUCUCCUUAUUGGUGGAAAUCUGAAAGAGUCACUGGUUCUUUCUCGAGAUCAUUUACUUUCCCACAUUCGAUUAAUGGUGAUGCCAUCAAAGCAAGUUAUAAGGAUGGUAUUCUUAUUGUCACUAUUCCAAAAUCUGAUAAAUCAACUAUUCGUAUCCCUAUCGAAUAAAUCUAUCAUUCUGUCUAAAAAAAAAAAAAAAAAAAAA